AUGAAGUCAUUCGUAGCUGUUGCUGCUGCCUUUGUUGGCAUUGUCUCUGCACUCGACCCCAUCUGCGAUGCCGAAUGCCAGAAGGGCUGCGACGCAGCCUGCCAAACCGCCAUCCAAACCACCUACGAAGCUGAAGCUUCCCUGUGGGUAAGCGACAUCGUGUCCGACCCGUUCUACUCUACGCCUUCCAACUUCACCGGUGCCAAGCCUGGUGACAUCCUGCGGUGGGAGAACGUGCCCGCUGCGCAGCUCUCUUCCAACUGGACUAUCCCCGCGAGUCUGUCAUUGUCAAGGGUCCUCUAUGUAACCGAAGACAUUGACCGCAAGCCGAUUCCCGCAUCCGCUUGGGUUCUCCUGCCUUUCUCCAAUCCAUUCGCCAAGCCCGGUGCUACGGCCGAAGAGAACAAGCUGCGCACCGUUGUCUGGACCCACGGAACUGCCGGUCGUAGCCGCUUGUGUGCCCCCACCAACAACAAGGGUCUGUACUACGACUGGAAAGCCCCUUUCAUCCUCGCCGAAUCUGGCUAUGCUGUCAUCGCUCCCGACUAUGCUGGUCAGGGUUCCGACAUUCCCCAGGGCUUCAUGUACGAGUCUGGCUGGCUCCACGUUGCUGAUGUCGCAUACUCUCUCGUUGCCGCGAGAAAGGCAAUCGGCGACCUUUUGGGACAGAAGUGGGUGGUCUAUGGUCACAGCGAAGGUGGUAUGACGGCAUGGAGAACCAACGAGCGUCUGGCUCAGCCUGACCAAGAAGCUCUUUUGGAGGCCGGCGAGUUUAUCGGCUCCGUGGCUGCCGCCCCUGCUUUGCGGCCGCAGAAGUUGAUCCCCGCCUCUCUCGCGCUUGCUCAAGGAAAGGCUGCCCACGACCCCUUCUCGGUUUACUUCCUCCAGUCUCUGUCUCUGCUCUUCCCCGACCAGAUCAAGGUUGCGGACUACCUUGGAGAGAUUCCUCUGCAGCGUCUGGGUGCCCUCGACAAGUCAUGUUUCACGUCUGGCUUCGCUAUCGUCGGUGAUUUCACCCCGGAGCAACUCUACAAGAACACAAGCUGGUUGACGCUUCCUAUCGUCGACGAAUGGGCAGUUCGAUACAACGGCCAAGGCCCGCACUCUAUCGCGGCGCCAAUGUUGGUCAUUUCGGGCGAGACCGACACGAUCACGCCUAACAACCUUACACUCGAUGACUUCAACCAGACUUGCACCUCAUUCCCUGAGAGCCCUGUUCAUGCAAGAGUUUACCCGAGCAUGGGUCACGGCCAGGUUCUGGAGGCGGCGAGAGCUGACAUUGCUGCAUGGAUUGGGGCGAGAUUUGAGGGAGUCCCGGUCGAAAAGACGUGUGUGAAGGAGGAGGUUAAGCCUCUGACGGACAGAUAUGCUAUUGGCGAACUUUUCUGGCAUGCGACUCUCCAGCCCUUCUAA